GGAAAAGAGUGGGGUAGCUAAAUACGGCGAAAAAGUUGAUUAUAUCUCGAACAGAAAUCUCGGUGAGAAUAUGGUACCGGUUUAAACCGAUAGAUAAAUGUGUACUCUUUCGACUGCAGUCUUUGCAGAUCGCUAAACGACACAUGAUUGUGACACCAGCUUAGCAGAGAAAAGUGAAGUAAAUGUACUAUCUGUACAAAUACACAGAGCCGGGACAUUACUAUAGACUACAGAAGAGAAUCUGCACAUGAUCGAUAUUCCUUAUGAACCCAUUUCCGACAUAGAUAUUCGUAAAACGUAAAAUGAGGCAUAUAUAUGUGACACAUGGGAAUAUACCCAGGAGGGACCAGCUGUCAAUAUUAUGUUUUGUGAAAUUGGGUGUAUUUGAAACACUUAUUUGAAGUGACAUGUAACAUUGUAAAAAGAAGGUUGAGAAUAUUGCCACAGCAGUCAUCUGAAGAACAUAUUAGAAUGCAUACAGGAGGUAAAUGCAUUGUAAUUUUGCAUACUUAUAACAGAAGCGGUCUUGUAAAGAAAGGAACUGUGACCUGGAGAAACAUAUGACAGUACAUACAGGAGAGAAACACUAUUGCUGUGAAGUUUCUGACUGCUUGUAAUGAAAGUUAUAUCCUUACACGAUAUAAGACAAUACAAACAGGAGAGGAAUGUUUAAAUGUCAUAUUUGUGAUUAUGCAUUUAAUACUAGUCUAGUAGUAGUAGUCUGACAACAGAUACAUGACAUAUGGCGAUGCAUUCAGGAGAGAAACGCUUUACAUGUGGUGUUUGUGAUUAUUCAUCUAACACAAGUGGUUAUAUAAAAAUACAUAUGACAGUUCAUACUGGAGAAAAACGCUUUAAAUGUGACGUUUGUGAUUAUGCAUGUAAUCAAAGCAGUCAUCUGAAAACACAUAUGGCAAUACAUACUGGAGAAAAUCCCUUUAAGUGUGACGUUUGUGAUUAUGCAUGUUAUACAAGCAGUAAUAUGAAAACACAUAUGAUAGUACAUACAGACAAAAAACCCUUUAAAUGUGAUGUGUGUGAUUAUGCAUGUAAUGGAAGUAGUGAUCUGAAAGCACAUAUGACAAAACAUACAGGGGAAAAAAAUUUUAAAUGCGAUGCUUGUGAUUAUGCAUGUAAUCGUAGAAGUAAUCUGAAAAAACACAUGGCAAUACAUAGUGGAGAAAAACGCUUUAAAUGUGAUGUUUGUGAUUAUGCAUGCUAUCACAGAAGUACUCUGAAAAAACAUAUGGUAAUACAUAGUGGAGAAAAACGCUUUAAAUGCGAUGUUUGUGGUUAUGCAUGUUAUCAAAGCAGUCGUCUGAAAACACAUAUGGCAAUACAUACUGGAGAAAAACGCUUUAAAUGUGACGUUUGUGAUUAUGCAUGUUAUACAAGUAGUGAUCUGAAAACACAUAUGACAAUACAUACAGGAGAAAAAAGUUUUAAAUGCAAUGUUUGUGAUUAUGCAUGUAAUAACAGAGGUAAUCUGAUAAAACAUAUGGCAAUACACAGUGGAGAAAAACUUUUCAAAUGUAAUGUUUGUAAUGAUGCAUGUAAUCAACGCAGUCAGUUGAGGAAACAUAUGAGGAUACAUGCAAUAGAGAAACGUUUUAAAUGUGAUGUUUGUGGUUAUGUAUGUAAUGUUAGUAGUCGUAUGAAAAGACAUAUGAUAAUACAUACUGGAGAAAAGCGUUUUAAGUGUGGUGUUUGUGGUUUUGCAUGUUAUUGUAGUCGUAAUCUGAAAAGACAUAUGACAGUACAUACAGGAGAGAAAUGCUUUAGUUGUGAUGUUUGUGAUUAUGAAUGUAAUAUUAGUGGUAAUAUGAAAAAACAUAUGGCAAUACAUACUGGAGAAAAGCGUUUUAACUGUAAUGUUUGUGAUUUUGCAAGUAAUCAUAGUGGUAGUUUGAAAAAACACAUGGCAAGACAUGCAAGAGAAAAACGUUUUUAAUGUGAUAUUUGUAAUUAUGUAUAUAAUCAUAGUGAUUAUCUAAAAAGACGUAUACAAAAUGUACAUGUAACAAUAUAUACAGGAGAGAAAUGCUUUAGAUGUGAUGUUUGUGAUUAUGAAAGUAAUGUAAGUAGUUAUGUGAAAAGACAUAUGUCAAUACAAACUGGAGAAAAACAUUUCAUAGAGAUUAUCUGAAAAGAUAUGAUAAUACAUGCAGGAAGGAAAUGCUAAAAAUGUGAUGUUUGUGAUUAUGUAUGUGGUUAUAGUGGUAAUUUGAAAAAAUACAUAUGGCAAUACAUACAGGAGAGAAACGCUUUAGAUGUGAUGUUUGUGAUUAUGUAUGUGGUCAUAGUAGUAAUUUGAAAAAAUACAUAUGGCAAUACAUACAGGAGAGAAACGCUUUAGGUAGCAGGGCACACUUAGAUGCGAAAAUUUUGGGCAAGGACGGUCUUACAUGUAGCGAGUCAGUCGCAAUAUUGCACUUCCCUUAUGAAAAAAGCAUGCCAAAAUCAUCAAUUUUGCACUUUUUGAACAGCCCACAAUGAUCCCGCUGCAAGGACACUGCCCAAUUUUAUUGCAUUUCUCGAUUUAAAACUCCUUACUGAACGUCAGGAUAUAAACGGAAUGGGGGCCCAUCCAGCUCGUUUUUUCACAAAAUAGCGAAAAGUUUCCUGAGUAUCAAUCAACAAGCACAGAACCCUUCCGUGAUUUGAAUUUUUCCGCGAAAAGGUGUCUCAUUGAUCAUACAAAGCUACCAGCAGUUAGUUUUCCAACUGACAUCAGAAUUUUACAUGUAUCAACUGUAUAAAAUUUCUAAAGAAUUAAUAAUCAUUAUCUCUCACCUUAAUUUACAGACAUCCAAAAUCACGAAGUUCUAUUUAUAACAAAUAUUGACGGGGGCCAAAAUUCGAAGUGUACCCU